UCGCGUCACAUUUGUUGCGUUGUGUACCGAGAAACCAAUCUCUUUGUUCCCUUUUCAAUUUCGUGUCCGCUGAGUCACAUUUCACUAUCUCCUCCUCCUCCACGCCCCCAAAAAAAAAAAAAAAAAAAUCGUUCCUUUUCGCCAAAUUUUCACGCUUUUUCGCCUCCUUAUAGUUGCUGCAGAGUCCUUCGUCACAUUUGCAGUUAUCCAUCUUUCCCCCCUUUGUGUUUCUGUCUCUGUGCUUUUCCACUGGAGUGCUUUCUUUUCCAUGAACGUGAUUUUUUUUAUUUAUUUAUGAGAUUUUCCUCCGUUGGUCUCUGCUUUACUGACUCUUCCAUUGACGCCCAUGAGUCCUCUUUCACUGUAGAUCAGUUUCAUCUUGAGUUCAUUUUUCUUGGGCUGUCGCUAUAUUUUCCAAUUUUUCGCUCACUUCCUCAUUGGACGAGGUUUGGGGGUUCCCCCCCUUGUGUUUUUUUUUAGCUAAUGGGUUUUCGUUAGUGCUGCAAGUUUCUGUGCUCAGUAAGAGUUUGACUUCAAUUUUGUAUAUUGAGCAUGUAGAUUCCAGAGCCAUGUAAUUGAAUCGCUUUAAUCAUUGGAUAUUCGGUGACAAUUAUGGGUUUGUCUCCUUAAUCUUUUUUUUUUUUUUCUUUUUGGCUAUGGAUUGGUUCGUGAGAAGAAUCCCCUUUCCCAACUUUGGUUAGGCUUAUAUUAGUGAUUACAUUGACCUCUCGUGUAGCAUUUCAUUCGCCUCAGUGUUUUGAGGCCUUAAAAAAGGGGAAAUAGGCACUGGAUUACUUGUCCCUCAAGAAAGAAAAGCUGUGACUGCGAUGGAAGAAACAUUUGUUCCUUUACGUGGAAUUAGAAACGAUCUCAAAGGUAGGCUCAAGUGUUAUAAGAAAGACUGGACAGGCGGCCUUCAUGCUGGCAUCAGGAUCCUGGCACCAACAACAUACAUAUUCUUUGCUUCAGCAAUGCCCGUCAUCUCAUUCGGGGAACAACUUGAGAGAAGCACAGAGGGAGCUUUGACCGCCGUGCAAACUCUGGCGUCUACGUCACUCUGCGGAAUCGUUCACUCUGUCAUGGGAGGACAACCUCUGCUUAUCCUUGGCGUGGCUGAACCAACUGUGUUGAUGUACACAUUCAUGUUCGACUUUGCAAAGGACCGAGAGGAUUUGGGGAAGAAGCUUUUCUUGGCCUGGACAGGAUGGGUUUGUGUUUGGACCGCGUUCUUGCUUUUCUUGCUGGCGGUUCUCGGGGCAUGCUCCAUUAUCAAUCGGUUCACUCGUCUUGCAGGGGAAAUGUUUGGUCUGCUAAUUGCCAUGCUUUUCAUGCAGCAAGCCAUCCGUGGAGUCGUUGAGGAGUUCGGCGUACCCCAGAGAGAAAACCCAGAUGAAACAGCGAUGCAACCUUCUUGGAGAUUCAGCAAUGGAAUGUUUGCAUUGGUUCUCUCUUUUGGCCUGCUUUUGACAGCGCUGAGAAGCCGUAAAGCGAGAUCAUGGCGCUAUGGAACAGAUUGGAUUCGGGGAUUAGCUGCAGAUUAUGGGGUACCACUAAUGGUACUUGUGUGGACUGCUGUUUCAUAUAUAACUGUCAAUGAAGUGCCAAGAGGGAUUCCAAGGCGUCUUUUCAGUCCAGAUCCAUGGACGCCUGGAGCUUACUCAAACUGGACUGUCAUCAAAGACAUGGUGGAAGUGCCUCCUCUGUACAUAGUUGGUGCAUUGAUCCCGGCGACAAUGAUUGCUGUGCUCUAUUACUUUGAUCACAGUGUUGCCUCUCAACUAGCCCAGCAAAAAGAAUUCAAUCUUAGGAAACCGUCUUCUUAUCAUUACGAUCUUCUCCUUUUGGGUUUUCUGGUUAUACUCUGUGGACUUAUUGGUAUUCCACCUUCCAAUGGGGUGAUUCCACAAUCUCCGAUGCAUACAAAAAGCUUGGCGACAUUGAAACAUCAGCUUCUACGGAAUAAGCUAGUAUCAACUGCCCGGGCAAGUAUCCGGAGGAAUGCAAGCCUAUCUCAGCUGUACCGAAAUCUGCAGGAAGCAUACAACGAGAUGCAGACUCCACUCGUCUUUCAGAUGCCUCCAAGUCUGGGAUUGAAGGAGCUGAAAGAAUCCACGAUCCAGCUAGCAUCAAGAGGUGGCUAUGUAGAUGCUCCAGUCGACGAGACUGUUUUUGAUGUUGACAAGGACGUGGAUGAUCUUUUACCCGUUGAAGUAAAAGAACAGCGUCUUAGCAAUCUGCUUCAGGCACUCAUGGUUGGUGGUUGCCUAGCAGCUAUGCCAGUUCUCAAAAAGAUCCCCACUUCUGUUCUUUGGGGCUAUUUUGCUUUCAUGGCCAUUGAAAGCUUGCCUGGCAACCAGUUCUGGGAGAGGAUAUUAUUUCUUUUCACCUCUCCAGGCCGAAGAUACAAGGUGCUUGACGAGUGCCAUGCAACCUUCCUUGAGACGGUGCCUUUCAAGACCAUCGCUAUCUUUACGUUGUUUCAGACAACCUACUUGCUUCUGUGCUUCGGCUUGACGUGGAUACCAGUUGCCGGUGUCCUCUUCCCUUUGUUAAUUAUGCUUCUUGUCCCAGUCCGACAGUACAUCCUGCCAAAAUUCUUCAAAGGAGCUCAUCUUACAGACUUGGAUGCUGCUGAAUACGAAGAGGCACCUGCUGUUUCCUACAACUUGCAAUUUGAAGGCCAGGACACACGAGGGAGAAAUACAAACAUAGAAAGCGGAGAAGUUCUGGAUGAGAUAAUCACAAGAAGCCGCGGUGAAAUCCGUCACGCACAGAGCCCGAAAAUGUCAAGCACGUCUCCGUCUUCACAAGAGGAGAUAAGGCCGGUGCGCAGCCCACAGAUCGGAGACGUCGCGAAGUAAACAACGCUCAAACUCCACGGGGAAAGAGAUUAAAAGAGAAACGAACCCCAAGACAAGGAACUUAAGAUCUUAUACAUCUUCAUUCAUCAUUUCGAUGCUCGAUAGGUCACCGUCUAUUUCUUGGUAAAUUUUCUUGUUUUCUGUAUGAUGCAUGUGAACCCCUGGAUGGAUCAUGUCCAACAAUUUUCAUCUCAGGGAAGAUUGUGUAUUUUUCCCGAGAAAUUCACUCACACAUAUAUAUGCAAUAACUAAAUAUUACAGA